AUGUCAGAGUUGCGACGUGUAACGCUUGCCCUUGCUCUCAUCGCAUACGCUAACAACACUGUCCGCAAUCUUUUCCAGCAGCACGUUCUACUGCAGCAAAACAAGCCUCGUCUUCCCUUGUUCGAUCACAUUUGUGCAGCUCUUAAGUAUACGUUUCUUGGACAACUCAUUGCCAGUUCCGAGUACCUUUUGUGUUUCAUAAAGCCCCAAUUAGCAGCAAGAAUCGGUCAUUUGCUUUUGAGGAAGCCUCAAGACUGUCGUGUUAAUUGUCGCUAUGGAAGUCAUGAACGCAACACUCUUGAUGUCUAUGGAGUUGACGAAGGAGUCGCAAAACCAGUGCUGAUUUUUAUGCAUGGGGGAGCUUGGUCCUUUGGCCAUAAGUGGCAGUAUGCUCUAGUUGGAAAGUACUUAGCCACACAAGGCUUCCAGGUCGUAGUCAUGAACUACAGGACAUUUCCUAAUGGCUCAGUGAUGGACAUGAUUGAGGACGUUGAAAACGCCGUCUUUUGGGUUGCAGAAAACUGUCAUUUGCUUGGUGGAAAUCCCUGCAAACUCUUUCUGAGCGGCCAUUCAUCUGGUGGACAUGUAGCAGCGUUAGCUCUGCUCAAGUCUGGUCUUCGUCUAGCUGGCAAUGAUAAGAAGGCUGUAAAGGAAAAGGAGAUUGGAAACUACGUGCACGGAUUCAUUGGUCUUGCAGCACCGUACGACGUGUUGGAUCAUUACACCUUCGAGAGUGAACGUAUCGUAGGCCCACUUAAAGGAGUUCACGAGAUAUCUUCAAUGAAGCCUGCUAUGCUAGGCGUGGGUAAUUUCGAGAAACAUAGCCCGACAGAACUUGUUAAAGAGGCGAGAAACAGAGCCUUUUCGCUCCCUACGUUUUAUCUUCUGCAUGGAGAUAACGACAUGGUGGUUCCUUCAAGCGCUUCAAAGAAGUUUGCUGUCAAUUUGAGAAAAGCAGGUCAAAUUGCUGUCUACUGCGAAGUACCCAAUUGCACACACGAGGAUAUGGCUUUUGCAAUGAUGGGAGACCCCGUAGACUGCCGUGAAGAUAUAAUUAAGUUGCUGAAGUGGAUCCUUUUCGCACCUGUAUGUACCGCAGAAACAACAGGUUUCUGCUCGCCAAUUCCAUCAUCACCACGACCGCUCGCAUCGAAACUAUAA